CACAAGAUUUCAACUUCCGUGAGUCUUGUGAGCUCAGGAAGAACUUGGAAAGACAUAGUGAAGCCAACGGGCACCUUGAAUUUCUACAGUUCUGUUACUUUAAUACAUUCUUGAAAAAAAAAUGGCUGGAAUGAGUGAUGCAGAAGUCCAGGGGCAGAUUGCCCAUAUGAUCGCUUUUAUUGACCAGGAAGCCUCUGAGAAAGUUGAAGAAAUUGAUGCAAAGGCUGAGGAGGAGUUUAAUUUGGAGAAAGGUCGAUUAGUACAGACUGCUAGGGCUAAAAUUAUGGAUUUCUAUGAUAAGAAAAUUAAACAAGUUGAACUCCAGAAAAAAAUUCAGCAGUCUAAUCUUCUUAACAAUUCACGUCUUCAAAUUCUGAAGAGAAAGGAGGAGCUGCUCAAUGAUCUUCUGGAUGACGCCAGGAAGCUGGCUACCAAGACAGUGAAUGAAGACCCACAGAAGUACCAGGAGACCAUGAUUAAACUGACACUUCAGGGUCUUUCUGCUCUGCUGGAACCUAAAGUUACUGUUCAAGUUCGUCCCCAGGAUGUUGAUUUAAUGAAGAAAAUCAUUCCAGAAGUUAUAACAAGAUAUAGAAAGCUGACUCAGGAUAAACACGAUGUCAAGAUUAUUGUUGAUGAUCAAAAUUUCCUUGCUCCAGAGAUUAUUGGUGGAGUUAUUGUCUCAGCUCAUGGUGACAAGAUCAGAAUUAACAACACAAUGAAUGAAAGGUUGAAGCUUAUAUCACGACAGAUGCAACCAGAACUCAGAGAGACAUUAUUUGGACCUAACCCCAACCGUAAAUUCAAGGAUUAAACUGCCGGCCAGAGUUAGAUUUUAUGUAACAGUUCAGACCAUUUUAGCUUAGGAGAACCUGAGAAUCAUUGCUUGUGCUCUACUGUAAACAUUGUAUCAGUUGCUCAAGCAAUUUUUUUCAGAGAAACAUUCCAUAGUUUAGUCAUUUUUUAUCAUGAGUCAAAUGUAAUCCAGUCAGCUAAAAUAUAAUUAUUGGGGAGACAGAUUUCACCUUGUUUGAAUCAAAACUUUUUGUCUGUAUGUUUUAUUGUAAGUAGAGCUUAUCUCCUAGUGUGGAGGGUGUCCAUGACAUUAAGUCCUAGAGGUUAUUGUAAGUAGCAGAGCUCAUAAAAUUUAUUUGGGUUGAAUGUCUACAUUUUUUGUUCAUGGUUUGGUUGGUUAUAGUGUGGAUAGAUCAGUGUGAGAUGAAAGCAUUGAUUGGUGUCUGGUCUUUUGAGUUACGGCUAAGCUAGAACAACUUGGAUCUGGUUCUGACAUGUAUUAAAGCUUCUCCUUAUGAUUUUAACCUUGUAACAACUUGGGUGGUCCUUGGCAUACCCAGUUCUUGAUUACCUGGUGAUAAUCAUAUUGGCAACCUGUCUAAAUAUCAUUAUGCAAGGCUUUUUUUUUUUCAUUCUGUACAAAAUGGAUGGUGUAUUAAAAGUGCAUUUUAGCAGCACUGUAUGUAAAAAUGGUAUCUGUAAAGAUUUUUUGUUUUGUUUACCUCACUGUAUAUUGUACCACAGAUGACAUUUAAUCAAUAGCACUCCAAUAACUGCUGGUGUAGAGAAUGUAGCCCUUACAUUCAACACCCCACCCUCAUCAUUCAUGGCUGUGAUCAUUCAACAAUUAGAGCAAACUUGUAACCCAGUGGUGUGUGUCCAUGUUCUGUAGUAGUCAGGGUAAGAUAAUCUAGAGUUGUAGCUGUACAGCCUAUGGUGUUUGUUUUUUUUUGGGACUGUUUCUUGCAUAUGGUGUUUAGACUGCACAAUUAUUGUACAACCUUCAUGUUAGUCAGGAGUAUUUUUUUUAAAAUCAUUUAUCAUGGCAUUGAUUUCUUCCAUUUGGUGAUUGAAUGUAUUUUUGGAUUCUUAUGAUUGUUUGUGUGAUUGUACUGGACAGAUUGCUGGACCAAGACCUGUCAUUUAAGUCCUUCAUUCUGUACUUUGUUUACCUGUUAAUAUUUAUUUAGCUCAUUACCUUUAUCAUUUUAUCAUAUAUUAAAUAUCAAUAAACCAGAAGUUUUACCUGU